GAAGGUGAUCUUCAAGGAGUAGUCGCAGAUUGUCAGGAAGCUCUCAGCAUAUAACACUACUAAACAAAUAGACAAUUAGAUAUACACAAGGUUGUGUAAGAAGAUGCGUCAUUCAGCACCUCUCGUGUUGUUGUCGCUCUUAUGCGUAUUAUUUGGAAUAGAUGGUGGCAAAGUGCUGGUGUUUCCACUGGAUGGAAGUCACUGGGUGAACAUGAAGGUCCUGAUCGAGGAAUUACACUCACGAGGUCACAACGUGACGGUGCUUAGAGCCUCCAACAGCUGGUAUAUCAAGGAGGAGUCUCCUUUCUACACCUCCAUCACCAUUCAAAACACAGGAGGAUUUGAUGAGGAAUUCUUUGGUUCAAUAAUCAGCAAUCUCCUGAAGAUUAAAAGAGAAGGACAUUCCAUUUGGAACCGCAUUCAGCUUGAGUAUGAAAUCAUCAUGAAGUUUAAAAGCAUGCAUGAAGAUAUGUUGCAGAUGAUGGAGAGAUUAUUAGAAGAUGAAAAAAUGAUAAACUCAAUCGAAGAUGGUAAAUAUGACGUGGUGCUUGCAGACCCAGCUUCUGGAGGUGGUCCAAUCCUAGCUUACAAGUUUAAUAUUCCGUUAGUUUUCAACGUUCGGUGGACGAUUCAUGGAGAGGGACAUUUCAACAUUGCUCCUUCCCCCCUGUCUUAUGUCCCUGUCCCAGGAGUGGAGCUAACAGACAAGAUGUCAUUCCUUCAACGUGUCAAGAAUGUUUUGACCUACUUUUUCACCCAGUUCCAGAUUGCAAUCAUCGCUAAACCUGCCUAUUCCUCUUUUUGUCGCAAACAUUUUGGCCCCAACGUUCAUUAUUUUUCUCUUUUCCAGGAUGCCGACAUCUGGCUCAUGAGAAAUGACUUUACCUUUGAGUUUCCAAGACCCACAAUGCCCAAUAUCGUCUAUAUGGGCGGCUUCCAGUGUAAACCAGCCAAGCCCCUUCCAGAUGAUCUUGAGGAGUUCGUGCAGAGCUCGGGAGAUCAUGGAGUCAUCGUCAUGUCUCUAGGCACCCUUAUUGCUCAGCUUCCACAAGACGUCACCAAUGACAUAGCAGCGGCUUUUGCUCAGCUUCCUCAAAAAGUGAUUUGGAGAUAUAUAGGACCUCGACCUGUGACCCUUGGUAACAAUACCUUACUUGUGGACUGGCUCCCUCAGAAUGACCUGCUUGGACAUCCUCAAACUAAAGUGUUUGUGGCACAUGGAGGCACCAAUGGAGUUCAGGAAGCCAUCUAUCAUGGGAUUCCCAUUUUGGGUCUACCAUUAGUGUUUGACCAGCCAGACAAUCUCUCCAGGAUGCGAGCAAAGGGAACAGCAAAGAUUGUGGAUAUUGCGACUCUGGACAGGAAUGUGUUUCUUGAGGCAUUAAAGGAGGUUUUGCAAAACCCAUCUUACAGGGAGAACAUGCAGAGACUGUCUAGAUUGCAUCACGACCAGCCAAUGAAACCUCUUGAUCGUGCCGUCUUCUGGAUUGAGUUUGUCAUGAGGAAUAGAGGAGCCCCUCAUUUACGAACACAGUCUUUCAGAAUGUCCUGGAUCGAGUACCACUCUAUAGAUGUUAUUUUUACUCUAAUGGCGACACUUUUCGUGUUUGCAUUUUUGAUUACAUAUGUGAUUCGAUAUCUUUUUAGAGUUCUUUUUAAAAAGAAAGUAAAAUGUGCAUGACGUAUAAUGUAUAACAUGAUGUACUGAUGAUUUUGUACUGACUAUUUUUUUAGUUUUUUUUUGUUGUCAUUAUCAUUAUUUUGUCAAUAAAUGGCUUAUCAUUUAUUGUCGGUCGAAUCUUGAGCCUCAAUAGAUGCAAACUGUGAUUAAUCCAAGGACUAAAAAAAAGUUUUCCCUGGCAUUAUGAAGUUUAUUUUUUUGUUAAAAUGCAGUUUAAAAGUUUGACUUCAGUAAGACUAAUUUGUCUAUUUGAAUGUCAUGUAAAAGCUUUUAACAGAAAAUAUAUUGAUCACAAAUACUUGGACAGAUGAAGACUCACUGUAAAUCCAUUAUGACUGUUGUGAUUGACUUCAGAUUAUGAAGCAAUAAAUGACUGAAUAACUGCCCAAUU